AGGUGCACAAGCAGUGUGUAUGAGGCAGAGAGCAAGUGACUGAGCAAGAGAGUGAGAGGGUGUUUGUGAGUGUGGGAGAGAAAAAGAGAGAGAGAAACAGUAGUGAUGAUCGACGCCAGGCUGCCACCACUCUGUAGCAGUGAGUGGCUGCAACAAAAAGCACAGAAUAACAUCCCUGACUCCCUGCUCUGCUUUUUUCUCUCUCCCUGCGUCUCAGCUAGCAGACGAGGGCUCCGCUCACAGCUCUGCAGAGGCUAUGCUGAGACUGAGCCGGCGUCGGAAGCAGGAUCUCUGGCUGCCAUCAACAAGUUAGGGUUGGGAGACCACAGCCAUGAAAGAGGAAUGCUUGAUCUUCAAUUAACCAUCUGAGCUGACAUCAUUGCGGUGGAAGGGAAACAAAAGGGUAAAAAAAAGAAAAAGAAAAAAGGAGAGGAGGGGGGGGUCUGUUCACCGGAGUCGCUCUGGAUGCAACUGAUCAACUUAAAAAAAUAUAUAUAUAAAUAUUUAUUUCAAGGAUUUUGGGGAUGAAGGAAGAUUCAACCCUUUCAUUGAGCUUGGAUUUUAAAGGACUCUAAGCAAAAUAACCGGAAUAAACGUCAUCUUGGGACAUGGAAUUUCAUAUUUUGUUUCAAUUGGGUGGGCUCAGAAUUGCUUUAUUUCCAAAGAGGCUGAUUCCUUUUGUGCUCACUCAAAAGGGUUUUUUCCCUUUGGAUUUUUCUUCCAUCUGGUUGCUCCAAGAGUCUGCGGAAAAGGACAGUUGAAUGCAGCCUCCGAUGUGCACAAAAGAAUGGGUUUCCAUUCAAGGUGGCCAUUGGUGGGACCUGCACCAGCGGCUCUGUGUCUGUGUGUGAUCAGCAUGCUCCUAGUGUGCCUGCUGCCUCCUGCAUCGUGCACAACCUGCCCUCAAAAAUGCCGCUGUGAGGACCUGCAGUUCUACUGCGACACCCAGGGGCUUCAGGCACCCCCAGAUGGUGUAGACAAGGGGGCCCUGGGGUUGUCACUACGCCACAACAGCAUCACUGAGCUCAGCCCUGAUCAAUUCUAUGGCUUCAGCCAGCUCACCUGGCUACAUCUAGACCACAACCAGAUUACAACAGUACAAGAGGAUGCCUUUCAAGGGCUCUACAAGCUGAAGGACCUCAAUCUGAGCUCCAAUCGUAUCACCAAGUUGCCCAACACAACCUUCAUCCACCUCAUCAACCUCCAGAUACUGGACCUGUCCUUCAAUCAGAUGACUGCAUUGGAACCAGAACUGUUUCAUGGACUGAGGAAACUCCAGAUACUCCACCUCCGCUCCAAUUUACUUCGCACCACACCUGUUCGGGCAUUCUGGGACUGUCGCAGCCUGGAAUAUCUGGGCCUGAGCAGCAACCGUCUACGGAGCCUGGCCCGGAAUGGAUUUGCUGGGCUCAUUAAGCUUAAAGAGCUCCACUUGGAGCACAAUCAGCUGACCAAGAUCAACUUGGCCCAUUUCCCUCGCCUUGUUGCCCUCCAGUUUCUUUAUCUGCAGUGGAAUAAAAUCAGCAACUUAACGUGUGGCAUGGAGUGGACCUGGACCACUUUAGAGAAGCUGGACCUCACAGGAAAUGAAAUUCGUGUCCUGACAUCUGAUGUGUUUCAAACGCUGCCAAAUUUAAAGAUUUUGCUGCUGGAUAACAACAAACUGAGCAGCCUGGAUCCUCAAGUCAUGGAUAUGUGGCAGUCUCUGGGUACCAUUGGGCUGUCUAGCAACCUUUGGGAAUGUACCAAAAGGAUUUGCUCUCUGGCCACUUGGCUAAGCACCUUUAAGGGAAGGUGGGAACAUUCCAUUCUCUGCCAUAGUCCAGAAUAUGCCCAAGGUGAGGAGAUACUGGAUGCUGUCUAUGGAUUCCAGCUUUGCCAGAAUUUUUCAGCGCCGGUUGUUCAGACCAUCAGUACAACCACAGACGCUACUGUAGCUGCAGAGUUCACAAGCUCUUUGUUUGGAAUUAUGCAGCCGACCCCCACGCAGGACUAUGCAGAGGAUUUUGGGAGCUUUACCACAGUCACUACCACAACAACCACAACAACAACACCACGCACUGCUCAAGCAACUACCGCUACAUUAGACGAGGCAGCUGUAACGGAGGACUUCUCUGCAAUGGACAACACUGUUAUGACUCAUAGGGUCAUCAUUGGAACUAUGGCCCUUCUAUUUUCAUUCUUUUUCAUCAUUUUCGUUGUGUAUAUCUCACGGAAGUGCUGCCCUCCCACCCUGCGCCGGAUACGUCACUGUUCGGCUAUUCAGAACCGCAGACAGAUGAGGACCCAGCAGCGGCAGCCUAUGGCAGAUCUAGCUACACAGGUACCCUAUAAUGAGUAUGAGCCCAGCCAUGAAGAAGGGGCACUGGUGAUCAUAAACGGCUAUGGGCAGUGCAAGUGUCAGCAACUGCCUUACAAAGAGUGUGAAGUAUGAACUCUUAUUUAUUCCUAGAGCAUAUGGUUUGCCAUUUGACCAUUUCAGAUGAUACAGGGUUUGCUUUUUUUAUUUUUUUUCCAGUUUAUGUAAAAAGCAUAAUUUCUACAAGUGAGAUUUGAGAAUAUGUGAGAAAUGCUGAAUGCUACAAUGACAGAGGUUGGACAUGACAGUUUAGGGAUGAUGUAGAGAUAGUCACAAAUUUAUUUUUCUAUGAAUGCGAGGUUGUUCAUAUCAGGCAGGGGCAAUCAUUUUAAACAAGAAAAUUGUAAACUGUGAGAUUUGUCUCCACAUUGUCUCUAUAUUCUGCAGCACAGAGAAAAUACUUAGCCAAAUGGCCCUCUGCUAACGGAAUACAUUAAGUGGAGAAAUGUGAUUUAUGUCUUAUUUCUUUUAAAAAGUAAAUAUUUGAAAUCAUGUUUCUUACUGCACCACAGGCACUGUAAGCCAAUCACUCAAUCACUGGGGCAAAUGAAUUGGAUCAAUUACCAGAAUGUUUUUGUUUUGUAGUUUUGUUUUAAGAGAAGUAUUAUACAUUAAAGGCCACUAAGACCAACAUCAAAUUCUGAAUUAUAACUGAAAAAUAAAUGUCAUUACUGCUAUGUUACAAAUGAAAAUAAAUCCUCUUGUGAGGAGAGAAGGACCCUGAAAUUCUAUUCAGUUUAUACAAAUGUUAUUACAUUUACCAAAUCAGACAUGAGUCAAAUAGGCAAGUCUAUAAUCUUCCAUCAGAUCAAAGGCCUCUCAGUGUUUCCUGUUUACAGAAUUUAUUUGGGUGCCCCCCUACCCCGCCCCCCUAAAAACUGUACUUAGCCAAAAAGGGAUUCUUUUGUUUAAAUUUGGAUUUCUUCCAAAAUUUUACUAUGAGUGGAAAUGCAACUACAAGUGUGUACUGAUUGAAGAGACCGCCGAAAUGGUGAAUUUAUGUUCAAUUAUAUAUAUUGGAAAAAUGCCCUCUUUAAUCAGAUGUUAGCUCGUAAAUGCAAUGCUGUUUUGCAGCUUGUUGGAUGUUGGAGCUCCCACCCACGAGGGCCAACCGCCACAAAUAAAUUCUCAACCUGUGGGAAACACUAAGCAUUGUUCAUCUGUGGUUAAUCUACAACAUACUACACUGCUUAGCAAAAACACAUGGAUAUCCUCCUCAUCUUGGAAAUCUAAGAACAAAUUAUCCCACCUUUACAUGUACAAUUACCUGUACGUGAUUCUUCUAGCUCCCAAAUGCCAUACACACUGUGACCAUUAUAUUCCUGACAGCUUAACCUGGUAAAUACAGUUUGCUGAUUUGCCAUGAUAUGCUAGGAUCAAUAUACAGACAAGCUAGUGAGAGGUGUGAGGGUCGCAAGUGAAAGGGUAAUGACCAGCUCAAAUGCCAGAUAGGAGAGCAUUUCAUUCUGAAAAUAAAACCUUUCCUCAGUAGCCCAGGCUCUUUACUGCUUACACACUAAUCAGGUCUGACAGCCUCAAGAUUGAACCAAUUAAGGCAAGGCAAAAAGAAUCUAAUAUUCUGUCACCCACACCAGUGAUCCAGCAACAUUUAGCUUGUUCAGCCACUCAAAAAUAGUUCAAGUAGAAUCAUCCUCUGUACCACAUAAAAACAUCAUUGAACCUUUUACUUGAAGACUUUGUUCUUGUUAGGGAUACGGGGUUGCCAUUUACAGUAUUAAAAAGGGAUUACGGUGAAUAAUAAAUACAACAGUUCCUUCGUUAGCAGUCACAAGUGUCAAGUUAAACUGCGGUCAAUAGCCUGAAAGCAAAUGGAGAUCCUGUGAUAAGCAAACAGCAAGCCUGGGUCAGGACACAUUUGUAUGCAGCAGGGAGAGGAUGUGCAUUAGCAUCAGACUAAAGCUGCUGCCGCAGCUCCGCACUUCUUUGUGUUCAGUUUGGUGGUGGGGGCAGGGUGAAAGAGAGAGGGAUUGAGAGGAAUUGAUAGGACGAUGGAGAGGGGCAACGAUGGGGUAAUGUCUUACUUUAUUAAAACCAACCAACUAAUCUUUGUGCCAAGUAAAGGGAGCAGAGAAUGAGAUGAUAAAUACUGACUGAUGGCACAUUGGUCUUGAAAGGGACACUGAUCGCACAGCAGCAACAAUUUCACUUCAUGUUAACUGAUGAGCUAUCAAGUGUUUGUAAGUACAACAAGUGCAACAAUAUCAAGUGCAAUUCUUAACACUUGAGAUCAAAAUAUGGCAUUUUCUUGAAUUCUUAACUCUGGAAAUAAGGAUAUGGCAUUUCUCUACAGUUUAACUUUUGGCUAUGUUUAACUAAGUCAGUGACUAAGAUGGCAAGAUGCUUCUGAUAGCACACCUGGAAACGAGAUAUGUGGUUUUAAGCAGAAUGCAAUUCCUUGGCUGGUGCCCCCUAUAGGUAGCCAGGAGGUGCCAUUUGUGACUUUGUCUCUUUCUUGAGGCUUUCAAAAUUUGGCUUCAGUCUAAAUGGAUGCUUUUGUCAAUGUCUCUGUGCACUUGGUCAUAGGAUGCCUAAAACAACUUCUAAGAAAGUGGUUGUGCAAACCAAAAACUGUUACACUUCACAUUUGAAUUCAAUGAAAAACAUUGCAUACACUGAUCCUACUGAUUUCCAAAGUCAAGCACCUCCACUUUGUUUCUAUUUUUUUCUUCCAGCUUCGCACUGCUUUGACGACUGCCCUUCUAAUCUGUCUUGCAUGUUCAAAAGUCAAUUAAGUUGAAUAUUUCUUAAUGUCAUUCAGCAAACAUGGAGGGACCUCAUUAAUGACAACACCAGGAAUGGGUGUGUGUGUGGAAUUCCUAUAAAGUUCUGUCAAUCACUUGACAUUUCACUGUUUAAGACUACAGUUGUACUAAGUGACUGAAAAUCCACAAAAUUUGUAGAAAUAUGCAUCCCUUUGCACUCUGGCUCUUUGUAAACUGUUUUUGUUUCCUCUUGUCAUCCUCUAGCCCUCGUCCCUACCCUGCCUAAAAAUAAAAAAGGAAAAAGAAAAAAAAAAAACAAGUGAACCAAUCCCCUCUCUCUUACCCAACCUCUUUGUGCAAAAUGAAUGCUUUUCUCUUCCCAUUUUCCUUUUGUAUUGUAAUAUGUACAAUUUCAUAUCUGUAUAGUGG